GCGCAGCCCCAGCGCGAGUGCCACUGCCGAGCGGCACCGAGUGACAGUGUCGUGCUGCCUGAGGUCUCCGGAGCGGCUCGCCAUGGCUGGCCCGCAGCAGCAGCCCCCUUACCUGCACCUGGCCGAGCUGACGGCGUCCCAGUUUCUGGAAAUCUGGAAGCACUUUGAUGCAGACGGAAAUGGAUACAUUGAAGGUAAAGAGCUAGAAAACUUUUUCCAAGAGCUGGAGAAGGCAAGAAAAGGCUCUGGCAUGAUGUCAAAGAGUGACAAUUUUGGAGAGAAGAUGAAGGAGUUCAUGCAGAAGUAUGACAAGAACUCAGAUGGGAAAAUCGAGAUGGCAGAACUGGCGCAGAUCCUGCCGACAGAAGAGAACUUCCUCCUGUGCUUCCGGCAGCACGUGGGCUCCAGUGCUGAGUUUAUGGAGGCUUGGCGGAAGUAUGACACGGACAGAAGCGGUUACAUUGAAGCCAAUGAACUCAAGGGGUUCCUGUCCGACCUGCUGAAGAAGGCUAACCGUCCCUAUGAUGAGCCGAAGCUCCAGGAAUACACCCAAACCAUCCUACGGAUGUUUGACUUGAAUGGGGAUGGUAAAUUGGGCCUCUCCGAGAUGUCUCGACUCCUGCCAGUACAAGAAAACUUCCUACUGAAAUUUCAGGGCAUGAAGCUGACCUCAGAAGAGUUCAAUGCCAUCUUCACAUUUUAUGACAAGGAUGGAAGCGGAUACAUUGAUGAGAACGAGCUGGAUGCACUUCUGAAAGAUCUGUAUGAGAAGAACAAGAAGGAGAUGAACAUCCAGCAGCUCACCAACUACAGGAAGAGCGUCAUGUCCUUGGCAGAAGCAGGGAAACUCUACCGAAAGGACCUGGAGAUUGUGCUCUGCAGUGAGCCCCCCAUGUAAAGGAGCAAGGGAUGGGGGCUGCUUCUCCACCUCCCCCAAGUGCUGCCCAGUUGUCCUGAUACUCCCACACUCCUCCCUAGACCUAAAGAGCAAGCCCUCCCCUCCCCACCCCUGCAACCUGCACACACCAGCCUGCAGAGCAGGAAAGGAGAAAUGGAGGGUGGCUGGCUGAUGGCAUUUCUUGAGGUGGUGCAAACCCAACCCCAACCAGACAUUCAGCUGUCUGGUGGGUCACCAAUGCAUGGAUGGUGGGCGGGGGCACAGGUGGAGCUUCCCUAGUCUCUUCCCAGUGAUGCAUGAGCUUCUCUGCUGUAUGAUUUAGGCUUCUGUGUCCAACAGAGUGGACUCCUCCCUCUUGCUGCCCUCUACCCCCCCAGGCCAUCACCCACCCUAAACUUCCAGGUUCCAUCCACCACUUUGCUCAUGGUGUAGCUGUCUUCUCCGAGCUCCUGUUGUGGAGGGUGACUGCCCUCUCCUUGCCUUCUUGGAUUGUGUGUUCCUUUUCUCUUUGGGUUUCUUGUCUUCUUGUUUACCAAAGAAGAGUUUACAGACAAUAAAGUGGAAAUGUUCUACCGUGGAA